AAAAAAUUUAACCUCACCCUCUUUACCCACACCCUCUCUCUCUCUCUCUCUGUCACGCACAGAGAAAAACUCAGACACCCACGUUCACACUUCGCACACACCAUCUCUCACUGUUCUUUCUUCUUCCUCUUUUUCUUUUUUUUUUUUCUUUUCUCUUAAUGGAAUGAUGGAACACAACAUCAUCGUCAACAACAACGUGAUCGCACCGUUUGUCAUAAAAACCUACAAUAUGGUGAACGAUCCCACCACCGAUAAACUCAUCACGUGGGGCCCAGCCAACAACAGCUUCAUCGUCCUCGAUCCCCUCGACUUCUCCCACUCCCUCCUCCCUACUUUCUUCAAGCACAACAACUUCUCCAGCUUCGUUCGCCAACUCAACACCUAUGGUUUCAGAAAGGUGGAUCCGGAUCGGUGGGAGUUCGCGAACGAGUGGUUCCUGCGAGGACAAAAGCACUUAUUGAGGAACAUCGUGCGGAAGAAGCACGGUGGAGCUGGGAGGACCAAUUCCAAUUCGCAUUAUUCGCAUCCCUUGAAGCUGGAGGAGUUGGACGACGAGGCUAUGGUGAUGGAGAUAGCGAGGUUGAAGGAGGAGCAAAAAGCGUUGGAGGAAGAGCUUCAUGAAAUGAACAAGAGGUUAGAGACAACAGAAAAACGACCACAACAAAUGAUGGCUUUUCUGUGUAAGGUUGUCGAGGACCCGCAGAUUCUUUCUCGGAUUCUCCGAGAAAGAGAAAAGAAACACCUGGGAGAGAAAAAGCGACGCCUCAUUCCGCCUCCGCCGCCGACGGCAGCGACGUCGUCGUCGUCGUCCUCCGGCAUCAAGACAGAGUUCGAAGAAGACGAAGGUAAUUAUAAUAUCAAGUCUUCGUCGCCGGAGACAGGGUUGGAAAUCGACAACAAUAGUAACAAUAUUUGUUCGCCGCCGCCGCUGGGGUGUUGGGGUGAACAGGGUUGUUAUGGGUACAAUUGCGCCUCCGUGCCGGCACCUUUGACGGUGGUAGCGCCGGCGUUUCCGACGAUGGGAGGAGGGUAUUUGAGGCGUGGGGGGUUUUGGGGGGAAAUGGCGGCGGAGGGGAAUGCGGUGCCGCCUUAUCCGUUUUCGUUGUUGGAAGGGGGCUUUUAGAUUUAGUUUUAGGUUAUGAAAUGAAUGAAUUAUUACUGCCACAAAAUUUCAUCUUGGAUUUUCUGUCGUAUUGAAAGUUCUAUCCUUUUUUGUGCGUUGAUUCUGUGUAAAGAAAAAAGGUUGGGAAAAAGAGUAAAAAGGUAGUGGGAAAAUUGUUAGAUAUUUAUAGUUGUGUUCGGUUUCAGGUUUUUUUUUUCAUAAAUAUUGUUUUUAAAUAAAUGCUUUGCGGAUGG